AUGUCCCCGCCUAGGAUACUUAGCCCCUCUGCAACAACGUCACCAGCAGCGUCUCGGUUGUCGCAGAUUUCCUACCACUUGAGUAGCCCAUCUCGUUCCAAUUCAACAUCUGCCACUUCUUCGUCCAGCUCGGACAACAGCAACAACCAUUCCAAUAUGUCUUCCCAACCAGAGCAUCCCACCUUGCUUAUUCCCGGCCCAAUCGAGUUCGAUGAUGCUGUCCUCCAGUCCAUGAGCCAUUACAGCGAGAGCCACGUUGGCCCUGCUUUUGUCAACGUUUUUGGCGAGACCUUGACCCUCCUCCGCAAACUCUUCCAGACGACAGAUUCGGGCUCGCAGCCGUUUGUCAUCUCAGGGUCCGGCACCCUUGGAUGGGACUUGGUCUCGGCCAACCUUGUCGAAGCCGGUGAGGAUGUGCUGGUUCUUGGUACCGGCUACUUCAGUGAUGGUUUCGCCGACUGCCUACGGACCUACGGCGCCAACGUUACGGAACUCAAGGCGCCCGUUGGAUCCAGGCCUCAACUGCCCGAGAUUGAGAAGGCUCUCGGUGCCAAGAAGUACAAGGUCCUCACCGUCACGCACGUCGACACCUCAACUGGUGUGCUUAGCGAGCUGAAGGACCUGAGCGCAAUGGUGCACAAGAUCUCUCCCGAGACUCUUAUCAUCGUCGAUGGCGUUUGCAGUGUGGCUUCUGAGGAGAUUGCAUUUGACGAGUGGGGUUUGGACGGCGUGAUCACUGCCAGCCAGAAGGCCAUCGGCUGUCCUGCUGGUCUCUCGAUCUCAAUGUUCAGCCCAAGGGCAAUCAAGGCAUUUGAGGCUAGGAAAACUCCUCCCGCUUCCUACUUUGCAUCCAUGAAGAACUGGCUGCCAAUCAUGCGCAACUACGAGGCCAAGAAGCCAUCAUACUUUGCUACUCCGUCGCCUCAGCUCAUACACGCCCUCCACACGGCCCUGACCCAGAUCAUGUCAAGGCCACUCGCUGAGCGAUUCGCUAAGCACAAGGAGGCUUCGAGCAAGAUCAAGAAGGCUGUCGCCGAUCUUGGCCUUAAGCAAGUUGCCUCGAACCCUGCCGACCAGGCCAAUGGCAUGACGGCGGUCUACCUCCCCGAGAGUGUGAAGCCGACGGACAUCUUGCCGAAGCUGUUCAGCAAAGGAGUCAUCUUUGCUGGUGGCAUCCACAAGGAGAUAGCCCCCAAGUAUAUCAGGUUCGGCCACAUGGGCAUCAGCGUGUUGAACCCGGAAAGGGGCGAUCUUGACCGUGCCAUCAAGGCUCUCGAAUCUGGACUGUCAGAGUGCGGUUACCAAAAAGCAUAG